GUGAAGUGGAUUGUCAGCUAGUAGUAGCAACCAAAACACAAAUUUGCUUUCCCAUUCAUCUGAUAUUUUUGGUAUUUGUCUCAUUCACUCAAUCUCAAUUUUUUUUCUUUUUUGUCUUCUUUUAUUUCGAAUGGCUCAAUUGAUGAACACCGCCGAUAAGCCGCCGGAGUUGCGGUGGCAGAUGGUAAAACUAUCGGCAGUGAAGAGGGAGAUGGUGGUCGAAAACUCCUCCGAUGAAGAACAACACUGCCAACAACUCAACAAGCGAUCUAGGCUUUCUCCUUCUUUACAACAGCAACAGGGUGUAGGAGCUUGUGAUUUUCCUGUUUCACGAUCGCUAUUUGGCCAGACAGAUGAGCCUAGUCCGUUAGGUUUACGGCUAAAAAAGAGCCCCUCACUGUUGGAUUUGAUCCAAAUGAGGCUUUCUAAAGGGAGCACCUCCAAGGUGGGAAAUCUUGGGAAGAAGGAGCAAAAAGGAAGCACCGGAAUGACAGAAAAGCUGAAGGCCUCAAAUUUUCCUGGUUUAGUUCUGAGAAUUGGAAGCUGGGAGUAUAAGUCGAGAUAUGAAGGAGAUUUGGUUGCAAAAUGUUACUUUGCCAAGCAUAAACUUGUUUGGGAAGUCCUUGAUGGUGGUCUCAAGAAUAAGAUAGAGAUCCAAUGGUCCGAUAUUGUGGGCUUGAAGGCGAAUUGCCCAGAUGACGCACCAGGAACCUUGGAUGUAGUGCUCUCAAGGCAACCUCUUUUCUUUAGGGAGACAGAUCCACAACCCAGAAAGCACACACUUUGGCAAGCAACUUCAGAUUUUACCGACGGACAGGCUAGCACACACAGGCGACAUUACUUAGAGUGUCAGCAGGGAUUGUUGGGAAAGCAUUUUGAAAAGCUUGUGCAAUGCGAUCCUCGUCUUAACUUCCUGAGUCAACAAGCAGAGAUAAAACUAGAGUCUCCUUAUUUUGAAUCCAAUAUAUCGGGUUCUGAAGAAGCACAUGUAAGGGACCAUGAAUUUGAUCUGAAUAAUGAAGGGAGUCUCAGUUUUAUCGACUUGCAAAGUGGCUCUUCACCUUCAGGAGCUCAGUGUUCUUCCUCCAAAAGUGAGGAAGAUCCUAUUCAUAGAGCUGUGGAAUGUUUUCACCAGGAAAAGCUAUCCCCAAACUCAGGGAGUCCCAAUUUUAUCGACCUGCAAAGUGCCACUUCACCUUCAGGAGCUCAGUGUUCUUCCUCCACAAGUGAGGAAGAUCCUAUUCGUAGAGCUUUGGAAUGUUUUCACCAAGAAAGGCUAUCCCUAAUCUCAGGGGCUGGUGAAGAUAUGAAGAGUAGGGAAGUGGAACAACAGAAUGCGCUCAGUAACCUCAAUCAACUCAGAGUGCCUGGAAUACAUCCUUCCGUGACAAUGAGUGGUUUAAUGAGCCAGCUUCAGCAACGUGUAUCAGAGAACAAGACAUCUAAAGUCAUCAACCUCGCCAGUGCUGAACGACCAAGCUCGGAAAUCCUGGAAGAGAUCUCCAAAUCCUUGCUUAGUGACACUCAAAAUGUGGCGGCAUCAGAUGAGAAAUCUCUUAUGUCAAGGGUUAAUUCUCUGUGCUGCCUUCUCCAAAAGGAUGUUGCAACAGCUCAAAAGAGUGACAACCAUGGUGAUGUUGCGAUGGGUGAAAAAAGAGUUGAUCAAAUAAAUUUCAUUUCCCCAGUACCGCUCGGAAGAAAAGUUGAAGAAGAUCCUUCUAUGCCAGAGGAUGAAUCAAAUGAUCUCUCUGGUUGCAAGCCGGCUUCAACAAUGUCAAGGAAGGACUCUGUGGGCGAUCUGUUGCUGAAUCUUCCUCGGGUAGCAUCACUGCCCCACUUUUUGUUCAUCUGCGAUGACUCUGCAGGUAACCAGGCUAGAUAGAUGGUCUUUUCUCUAGUCUACAUCAGGUAAUCAUUGGAAAGGAUGACUCUGGCUUUUCUUGUACAUAUAAAAACUAGUUUAGCAACAGCAUUUUCUGUUUAGGAUUUGGAUCUUUGGUGCAUUGUUAGACUGUUCGUGUAUAGAAUUGGAAUGUUUUCGUGCCUUUGUACAAAAAGUUUAGUUUUGUGGA